AUGCCAGAUAAUUUCUGUUUCUCCAAACCCAACAAAAGCAAGAGGACUGUAUCGCCGAGCACAAUACUCAAGCGGGAGCAGAAGUGGUUGCGCAUGCUCAACAAUUGGGAGGCGUUCAUGAGCAAAAACUACAAGAAGGUUCGGGAGAGGUGUCGAAAAGGCAUACCGGCAUCAGUUCGUCCAAAGGCAUGGCUAUACUUGUGCGGCGGUCAGUUACUCCUCGAGAAGCAUCCGAACGAGUAUGAAGAACUUCUUCAGGCGCCGGGUGAUCCGAAAUGUAUGGAUGAUAUCAGAAAGGAUUUGCAUAGACAGUUCCCGUACCAUGAGAUGUUCAUCAGGGAAGAAGGGCUUGGUCAACAGGAGCUGUUCUCAGUCCUGAAAGCCUAUUCGGUGCUGAACCCGAAAGUGGGUUACUUCCAGGCACAGGCGCCUGUAGCAGCAUUCCUCCUCAUGCACAUGCCCGCUGUUCAAGCCUUCUGGUGCCUAGUCAGCAUAAGCGAUAAGUACCUAAGCGGGUAUUACAAUCCUGGACUGGAAGUGCUUCAACGUGACGGUGAUAUUCUGCACGCUCUACUCCGUCGCACAGCACCAGCAGUCCAUCGACACUUGGUCAAGCACAAAGUGGAACCGGUUCUGUACGCGACCGAGUGGUUCCUUUGCGCACUAACUCGCACACUGCCUUGGGAUAGUCUUCUACGGGUUUGGGAUUGCUUCUUGUGUGAAGGAGUCAAGGUUCUCUUCAAAGCGGCCCUCGUCGUUUUAGCUGGCGCAUUAGGACCAGCUAAGGUACGCAAACGAGCUGCUGGUCUGUGCGAGACGUUAGAGGUGCUGCGUCAUCCGCCAGAAGGUGUGCUAGGUGAAGAGUAUCUCAUGUACCACAUGCAGCGGCUCAACCUGACUGAGGAGGACUUCGAGUUCGAACACCAGCGUCAAACCGCAAGGCGGCGGGCAAUGCCUAAUAGAAGUGGCAGCUGA